AUGAGCAGAGUAUUGUUGUCAUACGAAUUUGAUCGUACGAAUAUGCCGCCACCUUGCAAGGAGCGAUCUAAACAGCAAUAUCGUUAUCUCGUCGAUGGAGCUAGGACUGGUUUUCGUUCAAAUGGUGAACUAUUGCAAAAUGAGGCCCUCGGUGAACUCAUCCAUAUUGUGUUUUACAACACAAAGACGGGUGCGUGUAGGCUACAAGGAGACUGUGACAUAGUAUCAAUGAAUAUGAUCGCUUUGACCUAUUGCUUGACGCUGUAUCGAUUGGUUCAGGCAUACAAAUUCAAGGUCCCAGAUCCCUCGAUGCGGGAUGAGUUCAGACGACAGGGUGGCUAUUGGGCAUGGCUAUACAAGCGCACGAUGCUAGGGAAAGGAAGUGAUGAUGAAAGUAUCGAUCAUCAAGCCGUUCAACGAAUGCAAACAGCGAUUGUUAACAAGCUAUCCGGCCAAACUGGUAAUGGCCCACCCGAUUCAAAAUUGUUAUAUCAAGCAACAUUACGGGAUGGAGAAUACGUGUCAUCAGACGACAAUGGAGAGUAA